CAAUGCAUAGCGGGGGGUCAAAGACGGCACCAUUCGAGGAAACACGUGGGAUUCUGUCAGAAGAACCCGGAAACUGCUGCGUCCCCCCCGGCUUCCGCCACCGUGUUGUACAGAACAACAACAACAACAAGCCAGGCUGAUUGUCAGACAUGGAGCGUGUCGUGGGAGGAGGAGUACUUCCGCUGCUUUUAGUAAGCGCGGGGAUCUUGUUGCUUUAUCGGAUACUUGUUCGCCUCAGACCAGGAGCGGCUCUGCAGGACGCCGUGGUCGUCAUCACGGGGGCCAGCUCUGGACUCGGGAAAGAGUGUGCUCGGGUCUUUCACGCUGCGGGCGCGCGGCUGGUGCUGUGUGGACGAGAUGCAGCCCGCCUGCGGCUGGUGGUCCAGGAGCUCACAGCAAGUUCAACAAGCUCAGGACCAAAGACUCACACGCCCAGCACCGUCACCUUCGACUUGUCUGACACGGGCACAGUGGACAAAGCUGCAGAGGAGAUCCUGAAAUGUUAUGGGCAAGUCGAUGUCCUCAUCAAUAACGCUGGAAUCAGUUACCGCGGCAACAUACUGGACACCCACCUUUCAGUACAGCGGGAUGUUAUGGAAACAAAUUACUUUGGGCCCAUCGCUCUUACUCAAGCUCUCCUGCCCUCGAUGGUUCAUCGGCGCAGUGGCCACAUCGUUGUCGUCAGCAGCGUUCAGGGCAAGAUAUCCCUGCCUUACAGAUCCGCCUAUGCCGCCUCGAAGCACGCCACCCAGGCCUACUUUGACUGCUUACGGGCCGAGAUCGAGCAGCACGGGAUCCCGGUGACCGUCAUCAGUCCCGGGUACAUCCGAACCAGCCUGUCGGUCAACGCUGUCACGGGAGACGGCUCCAAGUACGGAGUUUUGGACAAAACCACAGCGACGGGUCGGGACCCCGGAGAUGUGGCUCAGGCGGUUCUGAGUGCCGUCCGUCACAGGAGCAAAGACGUGGUUUUGGCUGGACCGCUGCCCAGCGUGGCCAUUUACCUGCGAACGAUGUGGCCCGCGCUCUUCUUCAAACUCAUGGCCUCCCGCGCUCGCAAGGAGCAGAAGCUCAAAGACGAGUGAAUCGCUGUGGAAUCUCUCCUGUUGACCAAACUGUGAAUAUGUCAGCAUGUGAUGCAGGUUUUUAAAUAGACUUUUGGAUUUGGAUUCGGUUGAGAAAUAAAAUGCUCAACUCGUUGACUAAUAACAGGAAGAUUGAUGUCUAAUUUUGGAUUCGGUCAGCUCAGGUGUACAUAGUCCAGGCCGCCAGCUGUUAAAACUGUUCAGUAUUACAAUUUAAUGAUGAAAAAAAGAGCAGGUGGCGUGUUGUUUCUGGGUCGCCUGCACGUUGUGGCACAGUGGAGAAAGGAAAGUCUACUUUUAGCUGUUUUCUUUUGUGGUCCAAUGUAUUUAUUUUGGGUCGAGCAGUUUUCAACCAAUGUUUUAUUCCCUUCAUUUCAAUCCAGAUGAACUUUGCAGUUUCAGUGGAAUUUCAUAACCAGGGAACAGUCUGGUCCACACUAACAUCCUGUCAGCGGAUGUUAUUGUCAUACAAUGCUGCAGGAAAUAAACGGGGACACGUUUGGAAUGUUUGACCGUGAAAUGGUGUUUUUGUUCCUUAUAUUUUGUUUAUUAACUGAGCUGAUUGGUUUUGCGGAGUGAGAAUGUUUUUGGUUUAGAAUCACGUAUUUGAAACUGCUAGUAUGUGGACUUCAUUGAAAGGUUUCAACUGAGUACGCACAAUAAAUAAAACAAACAGGUUUUUAAUAACUAUCUUUAUACACAGAAUAAAAACACAUUAAACAUC